AUGUUGUUGAGAUGGCUUGCACUCAGCCUCUCAUACGAUCAGAGAUUGGGCUCGGUACGGUGUUUAAUGUAUCGUACCACGAGUACGGUUGCAAUGUGUUUUCUUUGUCUGCAUGCUUGGUCGAGAACGCAUGAAGAGAAGGGAAGAGGGGCGGCGAUCCGACGCAAGAAUCCGAUGCGCGUUUCCCCAUUCGUCAUCCGGGCUCACACAUGUUCACGGAUUUUGCGAGCCUGCCCCAACCGGGAGUCCAACCUAUUGUGUCCCAAACCAAGGCUGUUCGGACAUCCAUUGUUCGCGGAUAUGAACAAAAUACUCUUCAAUGCCGCUGUCCUUGAAAAAAUUCCUUGUAUGCUAUAUCCGCACCGAACUCCAGGGUUCGAUGGAGCUAUCCGAGUCCUCGCCCAAGGAAAGCGACAGAGGAAGUUGAAUCUCCAAUGUCCCGCCCGCUUUUGGUCUAUCAGUAUCGAGGAAACAGUCACUCGAUUCCCUGGACUAGUGCCGAGGCCCGGAUUGUGGGUUCUUGCAUGCUGA